AUGGUGUACGAGCAAGAUGGCUUGAUCAGAAUUGUGAACAAGAGUAUCGAGAGCAUCCUGAUUGCCAAGGCAGAUGCCCAGCCUGGAAAGUUUCACGAAGCAGGCGACAAAGACAAGGAGAUCCCUCCUCGUGAUCUGAACGAUACGGAGAUCAAGAGCAACGGGGAACUUACCGUCUACUUCUGCGGGCGCGAAUAUGAACCUACUGAUACAGCGGGCUCUCUUGAUCUUGUAGAUCUUGAGGAUGAGCGGAUUGCUACUCUCGACUGGAAGGUGCCAUACUGGUCGAGCACAAACACUUUCCGUGUGCAAAACAUUAGGACCGGCUAUGACGUGUCGGCUAGUGGCUACAGAACUAGUGGAACUGGACUAGGUACUGCCCUAGUCACAGUAUCUAGGCGAUGA